AAGAAAUUUUUUGCCCAAAACCACCAUUGUUCUUGUUCUAUCUUCUUACAUGUCUAGGGUUUUCAGAUCUUUCCCUCUUUCAUCACCAAACAAACCCAUUCAGGACGUGUCUGAAGUCUGCCUGCUAAUGUGAAUUAGUUCUCUGUAGACGCUGCUCAACAGUUGAAGAAUUGCACACUACGUUAAUGUUGGCCUCAAACGCUGCAUUGCACAUGAGGUUAUUGUUUUGUAGUAUUUUGCCAAUUGGGAUUUUUAAGGGGGAAUAGUUCUCUCUAGCCAUCAUAUCACUAUGUUUUGCAAGAUGAAUGACUUAAUCUAUAUUGAGAUAAGAUUGCCAAAUACAGGUUUCUCGUGCAGACCAUGAACCCAAGACUCCUGUACUCUUCUUGGAGUAGAUAAAUUCAGGGUUUCCGUAUCUCCCGAGUUAAAUUGAUGUCUAAGUAAGCAUUUUGUUGUUUGAUUCACUAUCUGAGAUGGUUAAGACAUCAUAUAUUUAUACUGUUCUGUGAGGUUGUUCCUUGGAAUAAACAACUAUUUCACCGUGUGAAGAAGUUUGUCUGUAAAUGCUGGUUUCUUGUUAGUUUGAACUGAUAAUUGAACUUCAAGAAUGGAUGUUCCUGUGAAGAAACCUCAGGUUAAUGGGCCGAAAACCUUAAUCAGUGAUGACAUUUUGGCUAAGAGGCUAAAAAAUCGGGAGCGUCAACGCAGAUAUAGAGAAAGGAAACGUCUUAAAGCUGAUAAUAUGAAGGUGUUGGGCACAAACCAACUAGUUUCAUUGCCAGUGGGGGUGCCCAUGAUUGUUUCUCCCCAGGAUAGUUCACUGCUGGCGAAUGUCGCUCCUCUGGACUCUUCGGUUCCAGUAGAAGUUGCUCCGCUGGACUCUUCAAUGCCAGUGAAUGUUGCUCCCCGGGCAUAUGUAAUGCCAGUGGAUGUUUCUUCCCGAGAGUCUGUCACCCGUGUUUACUCCGGGCGAAAUUGGAAAAGGGAUGCCCGAAAGGCCCAUGUUGCCAGGCAGAAUGAAGUUAGUACUAAUAAUAUGGUUUCAUCAGAUUUAGCUUCAACUGGUGGAGGUCAAGCAACAUUAUUACCCCACGUUGAACAGUCAGAUGUCGCAAUGAGUAAUGUUAUUUCUUCACCUGUGACUGCAUUGGAAAAUAACGGAACACCCAAAUCUAUUCCCAGCAGAAGAAAUUGGAAAGCAGAAGCUAGAAAUAAGAAGAGCUGAAAUUGUUGACAAUAAGUUAAGGUCAAGUAUGUCACAGAACAUUAUCAAUUGUUAGCAGCCUUGUUGCAAUAUCAUUAUGUACAACAUUAGAAGGACGGAUGAACUUCGGAUGAUAUUAUAUCGGAUGCCCGACUUACACGGCUUUUAUUUGUUUGCUUCUGUUCAAACAAUUGAGAAGAUCCUGACCAUUGCUAAUGUCCAGGUUUUGUCAGGUAUGAAAUUUAGGUUUUAGAGUAACUUUAGGAUACUCUUUUUCUGCUAGAACUUUAGUGGUUGGGACUUGCUUUCUUCCAACUAAACGAAUCUUCAUAUGUUUCACGAGACUCUUGACCAUGUGUUUCUGUACGUAUCUGUUGUAUGUGGAUAACUCCACUUGUGGGAUUACACUGGAUAUGUUGUUUUUUGUAUCUGUUGUAUGUGGAUCGAUCGUCCCUAGUCCGAUUUGUCAUUCAAGAAGAAACGAUCUUUCAUGAUUUGUUGCA